AUGUUACUUUAUGUAAGGCUGGUCAAGGAAAAAUCUACAGAAAACAUAAAAUCCCUGGAAACUGAAAAAGAGCAGCUUUCCUUAAAUUUGACCUCUACUAAGACGUUACUGGAGGAAAAGGAGAAACUUGUAACCAACUUGGGAUCAGACAACCAGGAAGCAAGGAAAGAAAUUAUAUCGUUGAAGGAACAACUGGCUUCUAUUUCACAGUCACUGAAAGAGAAGACUGAUCAGAUGGAAAACGCAACUAAACAACACUUGCAGGAAAAGCAAGCUUUGGAGUCUAAAUUGGCCGAAGUGGACAGUUCGGGCAAGAGCCAAGUUUCAGAGUUGAUGGGGACACUGAAGAAUGUCAAAGAAAAAUUAAAAGAAAAAGAGGAUUUGUGUGACAAAUAUGUCCAAGAACAGCAACAGCUUAAUGGAAAGGUAAAAAACACUGAUCUCUAUAAACUCUUCCAACGUGACGUAUUAUUAUUAUUAUUUUUUAUACAGGCUCACCAAAAUCAGAUCGCAGUACUAGAAACUGAGUACAGUAGCAAGGAAAUGAAAUUACAAGAACAACUUGCUGAACAAGAAAAAAUUGCCGGUGAGCUGCAAAGAUCUCUGGAGCAAAAGGAUGAACGAAUCAAUGGAAUGCAAAGAAAAAUAGAGGUUCUGGAGGAAGAGGUUAAGAAGGAAUGCGCAAGUUGCAAGAAUUACGAAGCACAACUUUGUAAAAUGCAAAUUACUUCGAAGGAACAGCAAGAGAAAAUAAGCCGACUUGAGAAGGAACAAGAAGAUGCUCGAAGCGACAUCAAGGACCUUCAGGGCCAGGUCGCAGCUGGAGAGGAGGAACUGGGGCAAAUUAAGAGACAGGCUGAGGAAACUGAAGGGAUUUUGAGACAGACCGUAGAGCAGCUUAAUGAGGCAAAGAAUUCUUUAGAGACGCAAGUUUUGAAUCUUGAUGGCGAUCUGAAGACUGCGCGGGAACAAACACAGAAAAUUAAAGAAGAAAAGGAUUCAGUUGAGCAAGAAUUAGAAAGUCAAAGAGAUGCUUUCAAUGGUCUAAGAAUUUCAUUACAGACAAGAAUAGCAGAAGUGGAGAAAAACCUCGCAGCGGAACAAGAGGCCAAAGAGAAGGCGCUGCAAGAGGCCCAAGAGAAACAACAGCUUCUCAUCAAACAAAAGUUGGAACUGGAAAACAAACUGCAUAACACUGAGAAAGAUCUCAAAAAGCUUACGGACUCAAAUGCGCUUCCAAACGACCUUCUCAUUCGAAGAACGCUAAAUUUUCAGGCAAACGAAACACAGGAGCUUGAAGAGCUUAAAAAGAGCAAAGAACAAACUGAGGCGAGGCUCAAUAUUCAAAUUUCGUCGCUGAAUGAAAAUCUCACGGCGGCGAGGACUGAGGCCGAGAAAUGCCAACAGCAGACGAAGGAGACUGAGACCAAGCUUGCAGUUGCUGAGAAGCGAAAUGACGAUUUGAAAGGCGACAUAGCUGUUUUGGAAGCAACUGUUCAAAAUAACCUGGACGAAAGGAGAAAAUUACUUGAAAGAUGCGUAGCUGCGGACGAGGCAUUAGAAAAACAGAAAAAAGAAAACGCUGAACUGAAAAGAAAGGUCGACAAUGCACAAGCUGCAAUGAUGGAACUGACGCAAGAGAAUCAGUCAUUACAGAUUUUAAAUACGCAAAAGAACGCCCGGAGAUGGGAAAGCGAUACUGACGUCGCAGCUUGCAAUGGUUGUGAUAGAGCAUUCUCAAUGAAAAUUAGAAAGCACCAUUGUAGAAACUGCGGUUUAAUUUACUGCGGUGAUUGUACAUCUAAAAGUGCGCCGCUUACUUCGAGCAAGAAACCUGUACGAGUGUGUGACAAGUGUUUCGAGGAAGUCACGUCAGGGACAGCUAAAUCGUAUUCACUUGGUCCAAACCAAGGCUUCAGCUGAGAACACGCCUUGAGAAUAGAUCAUGUUACUCUCAGUUGCGCCCUUCGACAGUUUUGUAACGCGGUGUAAACCCUAUUCAUAAAUGGUUGCCAAUUAAAGAUUCUUUUGUAUGCAUUUGAAUUAGCCCAACUAACCUCA